GUAUGCUUGGACGAUGUCAGAGACAGAAUUGAUGUCCAAGGGCUCUGCCAGGUCGAGCUAGCGGCUGCUAUAAGGGCCCUUGCCUUCGAGCUACGGGGGCGGCUGGGCAUUUGGGCACCCCAGGCAUCUGAUGAGGUGUUGGCCAGAGUGGAAGACAGGCUGAAGCACAACGUCGUCGUGCAGGAUGGGCCGGAAGAAGCUGGGCAAGGGGAUUCGAAGUCGCCGGCCAUGUCAGUGGGACCUUGCGCAGAUGUUCCGUCUCCAACAUUCGACGAGAUUUCAGAAAGCGACGUGGCA